AUGGCGUCCGGAGGUGGUAUUUGGGACGGGGGUGGUUGUUGUUGGUCGCAACCAACUUCAACGGGAGAUAACCCAGGUCGUCAUAACAACGAUGACGACCCGUUAGCGGUUACGGGCAACGCGCUAACGGGAUCUACUCAUACGCCCGACGAUAUACAAGCACUAGCCCAGGGAUCUCUCAUCGGCUUGGGUCCAAAUGGCUUGGGUCCAAAUGGCUUAGGUCAGAACGAUUUGGGUCCAAGUGGCUUAGUACCAGGUGACUUAGGUCGAAGCGGUUUAGGUCCAAGUGGUUUAGGUCCAAGUGGUUUAGGUCCCAAUACCCUUGGAUCUAGCGCGAUGGGAAGGUCAGCCGGCGACGUCCACUCGCCUCUAGCGGGACUAGACGGAGACGGUCUGUCGGCCGGUUUAUCGGUCGGUCUGUCGGCGGGUCUAUCGGCGAGUAUGUCAACCGCAGCAGGAAGUAGCCUCACCGCUAGCGCACUCAUAUCUUGUAUGGCAUCUACCUCCGCUGACGGACCGCCCGUCGACAUGUCACCGGGGCAACAGCUUACCCCGCAGCAGCAGCAACUACUCAUGACGGACGGAGCGGAGGCUUCACCAGUCCUCAUGGUCGCCCAACCACUGGAACCAGGAACCGGUAUCUACCCUGGACCACCCAUUGCGUUCGUUGACCCCCGAGGACCUCAUGAAGUUUACAACCGAGUACCACUGGGGGAAAAGGGACGCAUGGAACUUAAAGCUGCCAUUAGGCAAGCUCUCAAAAAUAAACCAGAACUUCGCGAAAAGUAA